CCUUUAACUAAAGUACAUAAUUGUAAAUUUAAAAUUUAUUUGUUUUCGCCACGUGACAAUUUAAUAAUAAUUUACCAUUUUGGGUAAACUGGUUAUAUCGACAGCACCGAUACUAUCGAUUCCAUGCCGGCAUUUCCCACCAUCUGCCGCUUCCCGCGCAUUUCUUAAAGAUAAACCAACAUCUUUUCGGCUUGCUACUCGGUUUUCACUCGUUUAAAAACCGCCGUAGCAAUAAAACGUGAAAUCCUGCUCCGGUAUUAAUUCCCUUUUUCGGAGCCUAACAUCGUGAUCCUCCCACCGACACAAAAGAAACAAAAUGCCGCGUCGAAAGGCCCAGCCGAACAACAAUAAUGAUGGAGAGUCGGAUGCGAAGCCCACGCCGGCCAAGCGCCUCCGGAUCGCGUUCCACUUGGAGCUGCCCACCCGGCGGACGACGCUGGGCAAAGUGCUGGUCUGCGGCAUGGGUGACAUCGGCCAGCUUGGUCUCGGCGAAGAUGUAAUGGAGCGCAAGCGUUUGGCCCUGUUGGAAGACAUACCGGAUGCCGUGGAUAUCUGUGCUGGCGGUGUGCACAACCUGGUGCUGACCAACACCGGAGACAUAUACUCGUUCGGCUGCAACGACGAGGGCGCUCUAGGUCGAGACACUAGCGAGGAGGGCAGCGAAUCGAGGCCGGCGUUGGUCGAAUUGCCGGGCAAGGCACUGCGCAUUUCGGCGGGAGACUCGCACUCGGCGUGCAUCCUGGAGGACGGAAGUGUCUACGCUUGGGGCUCUUUCCGCGACUCGCACGGCAACAUGGGCCUCACCAUCGAUGGUAACAAGCGAACGCCUAUCAAUCUGCUGAAUGGUCAAUUGUGCAACAGCAUCGCCUCGGGCGCCGAUCACUUGGUGAUCCUAACUACAACUGGAAAGGUGUACACCGUGGGCUGCGCCGAACAGGGACAACUGGGCCGUAUCUCAGAGCGUUCGGUCGGCGGAGAGGGCCGUCGUGGCAAGCGUGAUCUACUGCUGCCCGCCCAGGUGAUCGUCAAGCGCACCAAACCGAUGGAGGCCAUUUGGGCCACCAAUUUCUGUACAUUUAUGCGCGAGUCGAGUACGCAGAUCAUCUGGGGCGUGGGCCUCAACAACUUCAAGCAGCUGGCUCACCAAAAGGAGAUCGAGCGCGUGUUAAUUCCCAUUAAAACAGAUUUAAAGGACGUUAAACAGAUUGCUGGCGGCAUUCAUCACACUAUAGUGCUAACGACAGACCUAAAAUGUUCCGUUGUCGGUCGUCCGGACUACGGACGCCUGGGUCUGGGCCCAGACAUAAAGGAUGUCGUGGCCAAAUUGACGCCCGUAACUAAGUUAAAGGACAAAAUCGUUUACGUGGGCUGCGGCGAAAUCUGUUCGUAUGCCAUCACCGAUGAGGGUAAACUCUACUCUUGGGGCUUGGGCUCGAACAACCAACUGGGCGUGGGUGAUGGCGAAGAUGAGGUGGAGCCAGUCCUGGUAGCUAGCAAGAACACACAAAACAAGCGCAUACUGCUCGCAGCCGGAGGUGGACAGCAUGCCAUCUGCCUGGUUGAGGCAGAUGAGCAGGAGCCGCAGGCGAAGCAAGAAAAGGCGAGCACCAGCAACGGCAAGAAAGAAAAGUCACCUUCAAAGGAAGCUGACGACAAGAAGGCUGAAGAGGAUAAGACGACACAGCCAACGCCUAAGAGUAGCGAUAAGAGCAACAAGGCCGAGCAGCCGGAGAAGGAUGAGAAGGCCAAGAAGCCGGCAACCAAGCGGGGUUCCAAAAAGACAUAGACUUACAAUUUAACAACAAACGUUGACUUUUUUCGGUCGCAUUGUAGCGGCUUUUCAUUUACGCUUACCCCCUUACGUUAUCCGUUGAGACUUUUGAUUUUUCGUUUACAUUAUCCUGAGAAUUCCGCUUUUAAGUUACAACACACUAUUUCAAUCAAUAAUUGUUUAUUAAAUAAAUACGUUUUGAAUACGAAACCGUAAUAAAUUUGUA